AUGCUCAGCCAUAUUAAUAUUUCUUCCGCCUGCCCCCUCCUAGCUCACAAUGGGACCGUAAUCCAGACUCUGGGCGGCCGUGAGAUCGCGUUUGGGUUUCGCCUUUUGACUCAGAUACACACCAUGGCUGUAUCGUUACUUGCAAUCAUUCUUUACGGCCUCGCGGCCUUGCCCAGUGCAUCGGCUGUCACUAACACGCGCUACUGUUCUGUGCUUGAAAGCGCCAGCUCCUCGUCCGAGUGCCGCUCCCUGCCGAAUAAUUUCCUUCAAGAACGAGUUGCUUCCGCUUCUGCGUCUGCUACAGCAUUCGCAUCUUCGGGUUCGACUCCGGACAUCACCAUUUUGCAAAACACAUUCAAGGCUCUUGCCGACUUGCAGAAUGAUUAUUUCAAGCAGGCCAAAAAUAACUGGCCCGAUUCUAUUGACUGGACUGGUGCCGUCGUCCAGACCAUUGUUUCGGGCACCAUGUCGACUCUGACCCAGUCCCUCGAUGCUGCCGUACCAGGCCAGGACUGGAAACAAAAGGAAAACCUGCUUUCCUUCCUGCAUGAACAAAUAGUCAGCUACUAUUUUGGCCAGCAAGCAGACAGAAUCCUCACCGAGGCGUACGACGAUGUGCUCUGGGUCGUCCUUGGCUGGAUCGAGGCCAUCAAGUUCCGUCGUCUUCACGAAGACUUGCACUACCCCGACGGGGGCUUCAGCGACAAGUCUAUCCCGGAGGACAUUACUCAAGCUGUUAAAACCAUGACCUGGCAUGGUCAGUUCUGGGUUGACAGCUUUGCGCAGCGCUCCAACGACUUUUGGGAUUAUGCAACCCAGGGAUGGGACACCAAACUUUGCAACGGCGGCAUGACUUGGAACCCGCGACUGGAAACUUACAAGAAUGCCAUUACCAACGAGCUGUACAUUGCUGGCUCCAUUUCCAUGUAUCAGUAUUUUCCCGGCGAUCGCCUCAAUGGCACUGGAUCGCAUGACGCGCGCCAUCUGCAGGCCGCCAAAGACGGCUACAAAUGGCUGACGAAUGUCAACAUGACGAAUGGCCAGGGCCUAUUCGUUGAUGGCUUCCACAUCAACCACAACAUUCCAGGCAACACCAAGUGUGACCAGCGCGACGAAAUGGUCUACACAUACAACCAAGGCGUCGUCUUGACGGGAAACCGUGGCCUAUUUAGCGUGACUGGGGAUCCAUCUUACAUCGAAGACGGCCAUGAGUUUGUCAAAUCUGUCAUUGCUGCCACGGGGUGGGAUCUACAAUCCGGAACGCCUGUCGAUAGCCUGAGCAGUGGGAAACUCCCUCCCUGGCAUGGCCUUGGCCGCUAUGGGUUCAUGGAGGACCAGUGUGAUGCCUCUGCUACAUGCUCACAAGAUUCGCAGACCUUCAAGGGCAUAUACUUUCAUCACUUGACUGCAUUCUGCAGGCCCCUUGAACUGACACAUGGCAAUACCAAGGUCAACGAACAAGCUCUUAUGCAAGUCCGACGGGCACACGCCGCGUCAUGCCGCACUUAUAUCGACUGGGUCAAGCACAAUGCCGAUGCAGCACUGAAGACGAGAGACGGCAACGGUCACUUUGGCAUGUGGUGGGGAGCCAACGUGUUCAAUGUGAAUGCGGCGCGCUCUGCUGACGGUAUUGAUCACUUCGCUGCCAACAAGACAGAUUACCGCAACGAAGGAACGCCACGUAACGCGGUCUGGGGCGUGCAAGAUGUGUUUGUGCCCGGCGGAGGUAAUGCUACCGCCAGCGCUAGCGGCCAGACUUCCUCGGCCGGCUCGGGCGACCCCAACAGUCGCGGUCGCGGUCGCACGGUCGAGACACAAGCUGGUGGCCUGGCUCUGCUGCGAGCGUACUGGGAAAUUUCUCAGUCUUCAUAG